AGUAGGUGAAACCACUCAGUGUUGAUCUGCUCUGAUUGGGCUGCAGUGUUUCAGUAGUGUGAAGACUGGUAGGGUCGGAUAGGGGAGACUUGUUUGUGGAGAUGAUGGUGUUGCAAUAUGAUUGGAAAUGAUGGGAGUGCAAAUGACUUUUAUUUUGAAGAAACAUGAUGUAUGACCAGCGGAAGUAAUUACGUCACACGCUCGUCGACUUAAAAAUAAUGUUGAAUCGCACUCAUUUUCAUAAACAUCGUGGUUUUGAAGUUGCGUGCUGUGGUAUAUGAUAUAUCUCUGAAAUGUAGAAAUUGCCUGUCCAUUUGACGACAAGGAAAUACCACAGAAAAGCUCUACAGCUAUGGCUGCAACAGUUGUAAGUUUAUUGGCUAGUUAGCUAACUAGAAUAAGCUAACUAACGUUAGCUAGCCUCGUGUUCUUUGUUGUAGCUACGUUUUUAGUUGUUGGGUUAUAUAUUUGUAAAGAUACCUAACUACACCACUUGGCCUACACUACACCUUCACAAACCCUAAAUGUGAACAGCGGGACACUUCACAAAAGCCUGAUACUGUGGGAUUAUCCCACUGGUGCCACCAAUGCAGCCGUUUAUUUUCAGCAAACUUAACAUGUGUAAAUGUUUGUAUGAACGUAACAAGAUUCAACAACUGAGACAUAAACUGAACAAGUUCUCUGUAGUUCAAUUGGUAGAGCAUGGCUCUUGUAACGCCAGGGUAGUGGGUUCGAUCCCCGGAACCACCCAUACGUAAAAAUGUAUGCACACAUGACUGUAAGUCGCUUUGGAUAAAAGCGUCUGCUAAAUGGCAUACAAAGUUCCACAGACGUGACUAACAGAAAUUGAAUAAUGUGUCCCUGAACAAAGGAGGGGAGGGGGGGGGGGGUCAAAAGUAACAGUCAGUAUCUGGUGUGGCCACCAGCUGCAUUAAGUACUGCAGUGCAUCUCCUCAUGGACUGCACCAGAUUUGCCAGUUCUUGCUGUGAGAUGUUACCCCACUGCCACCUACCUAAAGGCCUUCAUCAUGGUGAACUGCCACCUACCUACAGGCCUUCAUCAUGGUGAACUGCCACCUACCUACAGGCCUUCAUCAUGGUGAACUGCCACCUACCUACAGGCCUUCAUCAUGGUGAACUGCAACCUACCUACAGGCCUUCAUCAUGGUGAACUGCCACCUACCUACAGGCCUUCAUCAUGGUGAACUGCCACCUACCUACAGGCCUUCAUCAUGGUGAACUACCACCUACCUACAGGCCUUCAUCAUGGUGAACUGAUACCUAGUGACAUUCUUACAGCGCAAGCUCACUACUACCUCCUGUGCCAUAAUUUGAAUUAGAUCUGAGGAAGACUGGUCUCCCUGUAACCCAGGGGUGGGCAAUCAUUUCAGCUGGAGGGCCACAUCGAGAUUUCAAAAUUCAGGGGAGGGCUGCACAGAUUUUUCUAGGGACCAAUUUAUUCGUCAGAAGCAAUUUGCGGGCCACAAAAAGGCCAGUUAUUUUAAAACUGAUAGGCCCAUUAUAAUUUCUACAUACUUUAUAUCUAGUUUUAGACAUUCAAGAGUGGCCUGAAGUGUUUUUUAAAACCUAAAAUCACAUACCCCUGCUGUAACCCUUGGCCCUGUAACAGCAGGGUUGCUAUGGUCUGACACAGAUCCUAUUGAAUUAAAUUAGUUAUAAUAUUUAAUUAUAUGGUCUGACUAUUCCCCCUAAAAAAGAUUUUAAGGCAUAUCUCUGUAUUGACCAAGUUUUUGUUAAUGGCUGUCAUUCAUAAUCAAUCACACCUCUUGUCCCUUCUCCAGGAUUUCAGGACCCACGUUGACGCGUCAUGCAGGUAUUCAGAGGAGUUCACCAACAUAUAUUAUGACUGCAUGGACAAGAAAAGGAGGGUAGGUACUGAUUCAUCUGGGCUCUGUGUGAAUGCACUGAACCACAGCGGUUCCACAGGUACCAACACCUCCCUUGGUAUCCCUACUUUGGGAAAACACUUCUUUGUGAGUGUCUUGAAAUAUCUCAACUGUAGCUAGAUGGCUAACUCCCAUACUGUUGAUCUUCACCCAGAACUUGAUGCGGCUCUACCUGGACAAAGCGACCCUGGUCUGGAAUGGGAAUGCUGUGUCAGGGCAGGCUGCUCUCGGGGAGUUCUUUGAGUCGCUUCCCUCCAGCGAGUUCAGUAUCCAGACUCUGGACUGUCAGCCAGUGCACGGUGAGAUUCUUUCCCUCAAUUCUUAUUGGGAUUUCUUCAGUUACAAUGUAAACAAUGAUUGAAUCGUAUGCACGUGAUAUUAUAAAUUCCGUUAAACAUGGGAACAUGUUUUUAGAGGUAGAAAUAUAUAGACCCAUUUUAAAUAAUCACACAAUAGAGAAACAGAAUGUGAUGAGGAUGGUGGAACGAGGCCAACACCACUUUCCCCUCUUCAUAUUCCCAUACAGAACAGGCAACCCAGGGCCAGACCACGCUGCUGGUGGUGACGGCAGGACAGGUGAAAUUUGACGGACAAAAGCAGCGCUACUUCAAUCAGAACUUCCUCCUCACAGCCCAGGUGUCGCCCACCAGUGAUCAGCCUGUCUGGAAGAUCGCCAGUGACUGUUUCCGCUUCCAGGACUGGAAUAGCUGAGGCCUACUUUAAUCUGGUUUCAGGGUCCUGUUCAUUAGGGCACACAAUAGCAACACAAAUUGCAACGGGCUACGAAAAACAAGCGUUUUCUUAUUGGACAAGUUUGUCUGUUUGGUGCCUAAUGAGUAGAACCCUGCUUUAAGAUGUUUGGUCUUUUUUUAUGCCAGUAUGUACCAGUCUUAUAAUAGAUGGUAA